CUCCCAUCCCCGAGCAAUGUGGAGAAGAAAAUCAGAGAACCUACGGGAGACUAUUGCAAUGUCUGGGUUUGCUGCUGCUGCUGCUGCCGCGCUGUUGCUUGAAACUGCUCAAAGUUAGAGAGCCAGCGAGAGGCUGCCGCCCGCCGGGAACUCAGGGGAAAGAACUCGGAAGAUGCUGGAGUGACAGACAGACAGACAGACAGACAGACAGACAGACAGACAGCCGCUCGCAGACUCCCAGACCUGCGGAAGACACCACCCUCGGCGGCCCAUCUCCUGUGCCCCGGAGACAUCCUAGAUCUGUUCACUGGUGGGAGGCUGAGCUGGUGGAAAAAGGCAUCAGGAAGUGACUGGAGGCGCCCAUAAUGUCUUUGCAUUCUCACCCUCUGCCUGGAGUUGUCAGACCUGGCUGCAGGAAACUGCUGUGCUUGUUGGUCAUCACCGUGACUGUGAGUCGUGGAGCCUCGGGGGUAUGCCCCACCACUUGCAUCUGUGCCACGGAUAUCGUGAGCUGCACCAACAAAAACCUGUCCAAGGUGCCUGGAAACCUGUUCAGACUGAUUAAGAGACUGGAUCUGAGCUAUAACAGAAUUGGGCUUCUGGAUUCUGAGUGGAGUCCAGUCUCUUUUGUAAAGCUCAAUACCCUGAUUAUCCGGCAUAACAACAUCACCAGCAUUUCCACGGGCACUUUUUCCAUCACUCCCAAUUUGAAGUGUCUUGAUUUAUCCUCUAAUAAGCUGAAAUCUGUCAAAAGUGCUGUGUUCCAAGAGCUGAAGGUUCUGGAAGUGCUCCUCCUAUACAACAAUCACAUCUCCUAUCUCGAUCCUUCUGCGUUUGGGGGGCUUUCCCAACUGCAAAAACUCUACCUAAGUGGAAACUCUCUAACGCAGUUUCCGAUGGAUUUGUAUGUUGGAAGAUUCAAGCUGACAGAAUUAAUGUUUCUAGAUGUUUCCUAUAACCGGAUCUCUUCCCUGCCAAUGCAUCAUAUAAAUUUAGUGUCAGGAAAACAGCUGAGAGGCAUCUACCUUCAUGGAAACCCAUUUGUUUGUGACUGUUCAGUUUAUUCGUUGCUCAUCUUUUGGUACCAUAGGCAUUUUAGCCCAAUGAUGGAUUUUAAGAGUGAUUAUACCUGUUACUUGUGGUCUGACUCCAAGCAUUCCCAUCCCAUACCUCUGCUCCAGGAUAGAUUUAUGAAUUGCUCUGACAGUAUCAUCAAUGGUUCCUUCCAUGCACUCGGCUUUAUUCAUGAGGCUCAAGUGGGAGUCAGGCUAGUCGUUCAUUGUGACAGCAAGACCAGUAACGCAAAUACUGAUUUCCGAUGGGUGAGUCCGCAUAACAAACUGCUGGAGCCAGAGAAAGAGAUGGAAAACUUUCAUGUGUUUCACAAUGGAAGCCUUGUUAUAAAAAGUCCUCGUUUUGAGGAUGCUGGAGUGUAUUCCUGUAUUGCAAUAAAUAGACAUCGCUUGUUAAAUGAAACUGUGGAUGUCACUAUAAAUGUGAGCAAUUUCACCACAAACAGAUCUCAUGCCCAUGAAGCAUUCAACACAGCUUUCACUACUCUUGCUGCUUGCGUUGCCAGCAUCAUUUUAGUGCUUUUGUACCUCUAUCUGACACCGUGUCCUUGCAAGUGUAAAACCAAAAGACAAAAAAACAUGCUAAGCCAAAGCAGUGCUCCUUCCUCUGCUCUCAGCCCUGGCCCCACUGAUGAUGCACCCACUGAUGAACGCAAGGCAGGUGCUGGUAAAAGGGUGGUGUUUUUGGAGCCCCUGAAGGAUACUACAGCAGGGCAGAAUGGGAAAGUCAAGCUCUUUCCCAGUGAAACGGUGAUAGCUGAAGGCAUCUUAAAGUCCACUAGAGUGAAAUCUGAGUCAGACUCAGUCAAUUCAAUGUUUUCAGACACACCCUUUGUGGCAUCGGCCUAAUUCUGUGCCUGUAUUUGUAUGAUAGAGUCACUUAAUCUUUCCAUAUUUAACUUUGUGUGUGGUCUACGAACUAUAAACACCAGGAGAGAAAUUGUUUUGUUUUUU